UUAUCACGAAAAAAAUUAUUUAUUCCUGCAGUAAUAAAAUAAUUAUUGCAAACUAAAAAUAGUGUUGAUGUUGUUCUAACCAUUAUUGUUGUCAAACAAUGGCAAAUGAAAAGAAAAUUGUCUGGGGAAAAACAGAUGAUAAUCUAUUUGAAUUUGUUACACUUUUGACGACUGGUGAUGAUGCUCCAAAUGAUUUAUUGAAUCAAGCACUUGAUUUAACUAGAAAUACAUUUUGUCAAGAUGAAACGAUCUCAAUUUGUUCUGGUGUUUCAAUUAAUCCAGCGGCUGCAGAAGAAUUAGUUGAAUUAUCACGAGUUACAGCAAACGAUGGUCUUACAAUUGUGGCAAUUGAAAAAGCUACAGGAAAAGUUGCUUCAGUUUUGUUUAAUAAGCUUCAAGUAAAGCCCGCACCCAAUGAAAUACCGUUUUACACAGCAUUCAUACAAUCAAUAAAACAAAAACCCGCCAUAGACCUAAUAAAUUUUAUGCUAGAAGUGGAUGAAAAAAUUAACUUAUACGAACAUUACAAGACUGAUUGUUUAUUAGAAAAUAUGUUUCUAAUAACACAUAAAAAUUAUCGUGGAAAAAAUUUAGCUGGAGGAGUUACAGAAGCUACAUUACGUUUAGCACAAGCUAUCAAUAAUCGAGAAUAUGAUGUUGAAAAAUAUAAAAAUAUUACAAUUGGUGCUGCAAAUGCAAUAGCUACCGGAAAUUUAUCAAGACAUGUUUUUGUGGAUAAAGUUAAAUAUGAUUGUUUAUUAGAUGUGAAUUCAAGUGAAUUUGUAUUUAAUGGAAACAAAAUAACAGAUAUUUUACCAGAACAAAAACUUAUUUCUGUUGUUGCGAAAAGAAUUGAAUAAAUUGGAUCAUUUAAUGUA